AUGGGCGGCACCAAGCUGACCACUAAUGACGCAUUAAGUUAUCUGCGGGAGGUUAAGAACCGCUUCGCCGACCAGAAGGAUGUCUACGACACGUUCCUGGAGAUCAUGAAGGAGUUUAAGGCGGCCAAGAUUGACACUACUGGUGUCAUUCACAAGGUCAAGCAGCUCUUCAAGGGACACCGAGAGCUGAUUCUGGGCUUUAACACGUUCCUUCCGCGGGUGAGGUCUAGUCACGCGACGUCGUUGGCCGCCAGCUUGCUGACCGUUGGCCCCAUUUUCAGGGAUACGAGAUUGAGCUUCAACGCGUCUCGGACGAUGAGGAGGAGGAGGACCAGGUUAGCAGAAAUAUGUCACGGAAGUAAGCAGCCUGUCGAGUUCGACCAGGCUAUUAAUUAUGUCAACAAAAUUAAGACACGCUUUGCGAACGAUGAGCGGGUGUACAAGGCAUUCUUGGAGAUUCUGAACAUGUACCGCAAAGGUCAGAAGACCAUUAACCAGGUCUACGACGAGGUGGCUGUGCUGUUCCGCAGCCAUCCGGACCUCCUGGAGGAAUUCACGUACUUCCUUCCGGAUGGCACGCAGUCCGGCGCGGUGGGUGCGGCUAGAGGCAGAUCAAACCUCAGGGUUUCUUCCAGUGUGCCUCAUUGGCAACUGGUUGCUCGUCCAGUCUCCACUAAAAACCCCGAUAUCACAAUGCAUAAGGACGAUGACAUGGGCCGGUCAGGCCGGCCACAGCUGGCCAAGGAGCUGGUAUACUUCGAGCGAGCUAAGCAGCGGCUGCGCAACAAGGACGCCUACAACGAUUUCCUGAAAUGUCUCAGCAUGUACACUCAGGAAAUUAUCAGCAGACAGGAGCUGCUGCAGCUGCUGAACGACAUCAUUGGCCGCUUCCCGGACCUCAUGGUAGGAUGCUGUUCGCUUCGGGAGGGUGUGUGGGAGUGUCGUUUUACCAUGUGCCACCACGAGAAACAGCUUUGUGAACACCGUCUUCUCCCUUUGCAGCGUGUCACACCGUCAUACGUCAAGAUGCCUCCGGGUUAUCCGCAUCUGGCAAGCUCCGGUCGGACGCCGCUGGCGGAAAGCGUCCUCAACUCGGAAUUCGUGAAUGUGAUUACGGGUAGCGAAGACUACUCAUUUAAGCUGAUGCGCAAAAACCAGUACGAGGAGUCUUUGUUCAGGUGUGAGGAUGAUCGUUAUGAGUUCGAAAUGGCGAUCGAGCGCAACGUGGCCACCAUGAAGCGUUUGAAGCCUAUUGCCCAGAAGAUUGCGACGAUGGCACCAGAGGAGCGCGUCGUUUUUAAGUUUGACGAAAGCAUUUUGGGCCCAGUGCACUGGAGGUCCAUUGAGCGCCUGUACGCCGAUCAGGGCCCGGUCCUGAUAGACCUGCUGCGGAAGAACCCGGUGGUGGCGAUUCCGGUGGUUGUUGCACGCUUGGAGCAGAAGGACGAGGAAUGGCGACGUGUCCGUGUGGAAAUGACACGAGUGUGGAAGCGUAUUUACGAAGCCAAUUAUCACAAGUCCUUGGACCACCGGUCCUUCUACUUCAAGCAAGCAGAGAAGCGGGCACUCCUGCCGAAGACGCUGGUUGCGGAGGUUCGCGAGGCUGCCGACCGACGCCGCCAGGACGAGCGGUCGUUACGUGCACUCAGCCUGGCGUACCGUUACGAUGCCGUGCUGGAGUCAUCCACUGGCGAUCUCACAUAUGACUACUCAGAAAAGUGA